GUCAUGGCGCGGUGCUGAAUGUUACUUUGUUACGGUUUCUGUCUGUUCCGCAAUCUCGGCUGGAAAGUCACCAUCGUUUCCCUUUAGACCAGAGCCGUUGAUCGUCUCGCGAGGGACGAACUGAAGAGCAAAGGCUGGCAGGAGGAGGAGGAGGAGGAGGUGGGGGAAGAUAGAGAGAGAGAGGAUGGACAGUUUCCAGAAAGUCGAGAAGAUCGGAGAAGGGACGUAUGGUGUGGUAUAUAAAGCCAAAAAUAAAGACACUGGUGAAGUGGUGGCCCUGAAGAAAAUUCGACUAGACACGGAAACUGAGGGGGUGCCAAGUACGGCCAUACGAGAAAUCUCCCUUCUGAAGGAACUCAGCCAUCCCAACAUUGUCGAGUUACUUGAUGUCAUUCACACGGAGAAUAAACUGUAUCUGGUCUUUGAGUUCCUGCACCAGGAUCUGAAGAAAUUCAUGGACAUCUCCUCAGUCAAUGGGAUCUCAUUGCCACUCGUCAAGAGCUAUCUAUUCCAGCUACUGCAAGGACUUGCAUUCUGCCAUUCUCAUCGGGUACUUCAUCGUGACCUGAAACCGCAGAACCUCCUGAUCAAUGCAGAGGGUGCAAUUAAACUAGCUGACUUUGGACUUGCAAGAGCUUUCGGAGUGCCUGUUCGCACAUACACCCAUGAGGUUGUCACAUUGUGGUAUCGAGCCCCUGAGAUCCUCUUGGGAUGUAAAUAUUACUCCACUGCAGUUGAUAUCUGGAGUCUUGGCUGCAUCUUCGCAGAAAUGGUAACGGAUUCUAAAGUCACGAGGAGAGCCCUAUUUCCUGGAGACUCUGAGAUUGAUCAGCUGUUUCGCAUUUUCCGAACACUUGGAACACCAGAUGAAUCGGUCUGGCCAGGAGUAACCUCCAUGCCUGAUUACAAGCCUACAUUCCCAAGGUGGAUUCAGCAGGAUCUUGGUAAAGUGGUGCCCCCUCUCGAUGAGGUUGGCAGAGACCUGUUAGCGCAAAUGCUUCAGUAUGAUCCAAGCAAGCGGAUCUCAGCAAAGAGUGCCCUGUCUCACCCUUUCUUCCAAGAUGUGACCACACCCAUCCCUCAACUUCGAGCUUAAAAUCCAGCUGAUCUGGAAAUCCUGAAAUGUCAUUUGGAAGGAACUGAUGAGGCAGCGUCUGUUCAUAUUGUCAUCCAGUCUUUAUUCCCAGAAGUACCAAAGAUCCAUGUAUUGGUAAUUCACAUCUCCAGCAGAGCUUUUUAUUUAACAAGUUCCAUAUGAUUUUUGCAAACAUUUAAAAUUUAACUUUUUUAUCAAAGUAUUUUUCAUAAUCCUUGGAAAAAUGGGUGGUCUCCAGUUGGCUUUUCUCGUGAGACCAUCCUUCCAAUUUAUCAUGUCAACAUAAUUGGCUACACAAAGAGUCACAAUAACUACAUUUGUGCUUUAUUUUUAAUUCCUACAGUAAGCUCUGAUUGUCAUCACUCAUCCAGAACAGCAUUAACGAAGCCCUGGUGAGAUUCUUUCAUCUGAAUGAAAAUUACAUUUGCAUUAAAAGGUCCCAGUGACUCAGAUGCAAAUCUCCAACUCUGAGCCAUACAAACCAGGAGGUCCUAGUUUUGAUUCACAGUACCGACUGAUUUCAUCUAAAGUUAAGAUAGAGGUGACUGAGUUAGGCCCCCCUCUCCCCCCUCCCUGCCCAAAUUCCUGUAUAGUGAACCUUGUUGGCAGUAUGGAUAGGUGAUGACGUAGAUGUGACACUACCUGCAGUUGGAUGGUCAGGUAGCACUUAUUGUCCAGUCUGGCAUGUGAAAAAUGGCCUUUUAGACAAGGUAGCAGAAAUGCCCUGAUUGAGUUCAAAGUGAGAGUUGAUUUUGGAGAGCAGAAGAGAAAAUUUUAAAAGUAUGGGAUAAAUUGCUCUGCAUCCAUUCUAAUGUUGAGUUAUGAAGGACUCUGGUGCUGGAUUAGUGAAUCUCAGCCAGUGAGGACUGUCCACUCGCCAGUGACACUCUGUUAGGAAGGGAGAAAGACAAAUUGAGUCUUUAUUCUUAGUUGGUAUCCAGCAGUCUGUUCCAGAAAAUGUGUUUUUGCAGAUUUCUGGUGAACACAGGGUGAACAUGGAUUGGAAGAGAAUUGGGGAGAAACUGGUCAAAAGGGAAAUAAAGAUUAUUAGAGAAAGAGUCAAUUAUACUUUGUUGUAACAGUAUAAUUAGAUUAAUUGAGCAUUUUGCUGAGUAGGUUUAUUUUCUAGUUGCAGUAGAUAGAUUCUUGUAGCUUUUCGGAAAGUCACUUCAGGUGAAUGCAUGAUAAUGAAGUCAGCCGAAAAACUCAAUGUUGAGAUUUUUUUGUCUCUUCUCAUAAGAAGCAGCCAUGCACUUGGAUGCUGAUGGUUACGAGAUAGCCUGUGCUGUACUAUAGAUCUUGACAUCAAUCCAACCCAUCUGAUCCUGUUAUCCUUGGUCACAACUGCAGUUGACAUAAAUAUGGAUCUACUAGUAUUGAACAAUACUGGAAGGAAAGCACCAAAAAACAAGGAGGAGAUUGAGCUGCACAAAAGAAAAUGCACAAGCUAAUGCUUAGAAACUGAAAUUGUAUGAAAUCUUUGGAGCAAGUAAUUUUUAAAUUGAGGUUGCCUCCAUCUCAGUUGAGUCCACAAUUCCCCAAAAUUUGAGUUGGAACUGCGCAGGUUUGGAUUAGUGGAUACUGUCACUUUAAGACAAUAUAGCAAUGUGCAUUUUUGAACAAUUCCUUUGUUUUAAUCUGUUAUGCAUAAUUCUAAAUUUGAAUCUGCGAAGGGAUUAUUUUUACGAUGUUUUGAGAGUGGAUAUAAGUAUUGUUACCUACAUAAGCUCAUCUGAACUCUUAUUGGAGUUUAACCAAUGCUUGUCCUAUCUGAAUGCAAU